AUGGUGACCUGUCAAAAGUGGUUGGUGCUGCUGCAGCUGCUCGUGGUGGGAACGCUCGCGAUACCAUCGCCAAGCAGCGCGAAGGCCCGGCAGUCGGAAUCGGAGGAUGCACCGACCGUGCGGCUCGACUCCGACACCGGUGACGAUCGUGAGCUGAAGAGCGAUGAUGACGGGUACGAUUUCCUCUCGAUCGAUCAACUCUUCCUCAACAAUCCACAGUAUCGGCAGCUGAUCAGCGAUCUGCAGGCGCACACGUUCGGUAGCAACUGGCGCCGGAAGCGUGACGUCGCAGAACACGAGCUGCCCGACGCGUUUCGCGGCGAAGAAGCGCUCAGCACGCCGCGUGCGUCCACCGUCCCGACAACGACCGCGGGAACGUCGACGGUGGCCGUUUCUUCCAGCACCGCGACCGAAACACUCGUGACCGAUGUGGCAUCAAACCGAGACAUCACGUCCGCUUCAACCACUUCCGAUCUGCCCAAGGCGGCCGCACUAACCAGCACGCCCACCAAGCCGAAGGAAUCGCUCAAGGAAGUAACGAAACCAUCCACGGCCAGUUCUGUCAGCGUGACUAGUAGCAGCAGCAGCAGCAGCACUACAACCACAACAACGGCCACCUCUACCUCCAACCGGGGAAGCUCCACCGUUGCCACCAGUGCCGCUUACGGAUCGUCCGGAUCGACGGAGUCUUCUGUCGGUCGUAACACUACAGUCGAGUUGACUACGGCGGCGGCACCGAUUCGUGCCAGUACGCCACGCCGUCUGUCGCACAAAAACAGCUCGAACAAAAACAAGAACAAGCUAUCGGCCGCGGCGGCCGCAGCACAGGCAGCAGCCAGCAAACCCACCACCACUGCGAGCGUCGGACCGAGCACGGUCAACGUGAACAAGGUCAGUGUAAGCAGCAAUGCCGUGGCCAGCAGUAGCAACCAGAUCUCGCAGCAAACAUCGCCGGCUGUAGCGAUACCGGCCACCGAAAACGGAACCAUCGCCGGACCGGUCGGGAACAAUAAAGAUAAGACUGGCCUCGCACCGACCAAGUACCAUUACUAUCCGCACAAUCAGCACAUCUACUUCCUGCCAGAAUGCGCCAUCCAGCAGGUCUGCAAUGCUGUCUACGUGCGCCUCAACUACACCCAGCCACUGUGUGCCUGCCCACCGAGAUACCGCGAUCCCUGCUCGGCUAGUUUGAACGAAGACGACAACCACACGAUCAAGCUCGUUGGCAAUCAGCAGAAGCGGGCCAUUACGUUGGCGAAGACGUGCGAAAACACGAACGAGCUGCGCGAUUGCCGUGCACCGAAGGACUGGUCGAUUCUCGCGCUGCAAAACACUCGAACCGGCAAGUCGCACUAUCUGGUUAUCUGCAAAUGCCCGCCACACUAUCGGCUCGAGGGACCGUUGGCUCACGAUCAGCCAACGUACGCCGGACUGCCCGGUAUCAACGUGUACGGUAUGCUGUGCGUACCACCGGAAACCUCCAGCUACUACGCCUCGAAGCCAGCCAAAACGCCCGCCAACGUGUACAACAAGUGGAAGAUCCCAUCGCGACAGCCGGUAUCGUCGUACCGUGCGAACUCUGCCGCCAUCAGUGCUGCCGUUGACAACGAGACUGAAUCCGUCUCCCGGACGUACCAGAGCACCACGGAUCCGGCGGCACUGGCCAACGAAGCUUAA